UUUAAAGUGGAGUACCUUCACCCCCCUCUGUAAUAAUCGUCAUUUCUAAAGCAAAACAGCUGACGAACUGAUGACAGUUCAUGCCCUAUAGCUACAGCCCCUCUGUAUUUUCUUCUUUGUCUCCUGUGUUAUAUAUUGUCUUUUACUAUGUACGUUUCACCCUACUGUCUCACAUUUACGGUUGCUAAGGGUUACGUGGCGUUUGGUCAACACUAGUUGAGCGUGGAGUUGGUGAAACCGUGGAAGAGAGAACCAGGUCAGCUGAGGGACAGAUGAACCUCCGGGAGGAGUAGACUGGACAUUCCGUAUCGCACGGUCCCGCGACCCUUUGUCUGUGGUACGUGUACCGUUUUCCAAAGAACUCACAUGAUCGAAGUUAAUCGGGUUAGUGAACGUGAAAGGCCUCAUUCGGACACAAGUAAAGGGACAAGGUGUGGGGCACCGGCCGCCGUGGGCAGACCGCGAGCAGUUCGCCUGGACUCCGCUACCACUGCAACAUGACCCCGCUGGACUAAACGCGCCUGGAAAAGAACGGCCAUACAACGCACUGUAAACAGUCGUCAGACACCCGCUCCUGUGGAAAUAGUAUUUAUGUCAGUGCCUGACGAUAUCUGGACCGUCCGAACAAAUAUCCUUCAGACCACAGCCUGAAGCCAUCCCCGUGAGAUGGAGCAUCACUCAUGACGGUGUGUAAACUGGUUGGUGGACGGGGAUUUGACAUGGCUGUUCCCCGCAUAUUUGGCAGUAAGAAGUGAUGGUCUUGCCCGACGUGACCUAUAUCAGGCUGUACAGACGGAAUGGGGUCUCUGGUACCCGUCUUAUCAUGAGUUGAACGUCAGAGAAGCCGUAAAAACAUCAGGUUCUCAUGCCGUGUGGUGUUGAUCCUUCUUACUUAUCUUACGCGUAAAGGAGAAGGAGUAAGGUUUCUCAGAAGCGAUGUAAUUCAGCCGACUACUCUGAGGACUGGCAGGAAACGGAUGACGUGAACAGUAGUGGGCGUUUCUUGAUCACCAGCUGCAGGGAAUCGACUGGGCGCGAACUCCGCCGAAUGCUGCACAGCGACCGGUCCAGGGAACCGUCUACCAGCGGCGCCAAGCAGCUGCAGACUAGACAGCAGAUGACCCCUCCGUGCACACAGGGCUGUUCAUCCUGGCUGUGCCAACGAGCUGCCACCCCCCUCCUGUCAGGAAAACUCCUAGUGUUGGGCACGUGCCUUCUGUCGCUGCUGUACCUGUACGGCUACGGGAGCUGGAGCGCGGGGGGAGGGCAGGAUGUGUCGUGGACGGUGGCUGACGUCUGGUUACCGCGGAAAGGCGUCACAGACACAGAUGAUAGGAGGACACCUCCUAACGCUUCAAGAUCGGGAGAAAGAACUAGAUUCGGUCAUGGAAAUAAAGUAUUGUUACAUGACAGAAUUGCUCAGAAUGCGGUGCAAUCUAGAGACUUUGGACCAAGUGUCACAGACAGAGCGGACGAAACUAAAAGUGUUGCAACUGUGGAAAAUAUCCCAAUUAGAACGGAAUUCGGCGCGAGAAAGGUUUGGGAUGAAAGACGGACACCAACCGCCGACAGAAACAGCGCUCGUGGCAGCACAGGAAAGCCUGAGGAGACACAGACGACACCUGCAGAUAGGCACGGGACAGGGUCCGUUUCCAAGGCAACCGAGUCUGGGAACGAGGCAACGGGAACGAGCGGAGCUGCCGACACGGAGAGCGAAAAUUCCCAGGAUUCCUCGGGGUUUGAUAUGACGAGGGAACUAAUGAGGCGGAAUCCAGGGAUCUUUGCAACCAUCCCCAGACAGACUCUUCCUAAUUACAAGAACCCGUGUUGGUUCGAGGAGGUCCCGGAAACAGAGCUGGACUCCAAUCCGUACAGAAACACGCACUACUACUCCAGCAUCAGGAACAGGCUCAACCUGCUGGCCAGGCAGUUCCGGGACAGGCUCACGGACAACGGCAAGGUUCACCUCCGCUUCAGAUGUGCGCCGUACUUUUACAUCAUCGGCAUGCCCAAGUGUGGAACCACCGACCUGUACUAUCGCCUCAUCAAGCACCCGGAUGUUGUUGGUGGUCUGGUCAAGGAACCCCAUUGGUGGACCAGAAGACGUUUCGGCGGGCGAACAGGUGUCCCAAACAACUCGUCAGCCCCCAUCAGAGACUACGUGGAUCUGUUUGACGAGGCGGCGUGGACCAUCAGGACCACGAUCAGAAACCGACUGUUUCUGGGGAGACAACAGAUGGUCCAACAUGACGUCAUCACAGGAGAGGGUAGCGCCUCCACCAUGUGGGACAACAGGCGGUGGAGACAGGAGCUGUGGAACACCUCCAACAGCGAGCCGCCCAUGCUGGUGGCUAACCUGCUGCGGGCCGUGCAGCCACACGCCAGGUUCAUCCUCACACUCAGGAACCCCACGGAAAGAUUAUACUCGGAGUAUCUCUACUUCACCGAAGGGAACAAGUCCGUUGAGGAUUUUAACAACAGAGUCAUUCACGCCAUCGAUAUCUUCAACAACUGCCUGAGGAAUAAUUCCGUACGGGCCUGCACUUACGAGCCUACUCUUCCUGUCAUACCAAACGACUACAGCUGGGGGCUGUAUGACGUCUACCUACGCGACUGGUUCUCCAUUUUCCCCCUGGACCAGAUCCUGGUACUGCGUCUGGAGGAUCACUCCAAGGAUCCACGUGAAACAAUGACAAAACUAUUCAAGUUCUUACAGCUUGCCGCUGUCAAAGACGAUGAUGAUACAGACGCCAUCUUCGGCUUGCACAAGAGAAAUUCUCGGAAAAAGAACGACCUCCGCUUGGGCCCAAUGCUGCCGCAAACCCGGCAGAUCCUCAACGAGUUUUAUGGACCACACAAUCGCCGACUUGCGUCGCUGUUAGACGAUGAGAGAUUCCUCUGGCUAAAGGAAUAGAUCUGUUUGAGAUUCCUACUGUGUCCUGUCCGAACUACUUACCCCCUCCCCAUUCUUUGACAAUCAAUAGACACGGGGAAGACGAAGGGACGCCAGUGGUUACAUAGAUACAGCAAGAUACUGGGAAGAACGCCGUGCUUCCGGAAAGCCUCUAUUUUAUAAAACAUUUGCCCACUAGCUUUCUGUGUCACUUGAAUUGGAUAGUUCCGUCUGUGCCUGACUCUCUAAUGUAGGAUAUCAUCAUAUUGAUGGAUUAAAUCCGUACUAUGUACGAUUGACAUGUGCAUAUAUUUCAUCACACUUUUAAACUCACGUUCGAUUGUUUGUUUGUUUGUCACGGCGUAGACCGUCUGUUUUGAUACUUGAGAAUUGUCUGCGAUGAAACUCAAAAUGUGUAUAAACAAUCUGCAAUACGCCAUCAUUAAUUUCUGUUUAAUUACACCGGGGGACAGCAAUAGUCACAAAAUUCUGUUUGUACCGUCACCUAUGGCUGACAAUGUGCAAAUAAAUAUUGCUGGACGUCCGGAC